GCGUCAAGCACGUGAGCACCCUGAUCUCUACUAGAGCAUAGUCAUGCCAGCAUUACCAGGACAUACGCCCCACAGAACACCUCUUAGACGCGUCUCCCAAGGGUCUCUCUUCGCUCUCUCGCGAUCAGGUACCAACCCCAGUGCACCUCAUGGUCUGGGCUUCAUCGAGCCUGUGAUGGCAGAACUCGUCGACGAAGUUGAGGCGCUGCAGGCGAAUGUAGAGGGCCUAAGGAACCUCAGCGAGUCUCUGAAGACCUUCAACGAGAGCUUCGCAAGCUGGCUAUAUGUUAUGGACAUGAAUGCGCUUACCGUAGACUGGCCGCAGGCUCCAACGGACGCGUCAUUCCAGCUGGGAAAGCGACGAGCAGAGGAAAAGGCCCGUUUAGCUGAAGAAGCUGCGUUGAAAGUUGCAUCAGCCAUUCCACCUCCGUCGCGAGAUUCAGAGGCGGACAAAACCAUGUUCACUGAAACCCAAGAGUUUGAAACGACAUACACCACAAAUGCUACGACAAGGAAUGCUUCUACCAGCAUCGCAAAGACCGCAUCAACAGGUGUUCCGAAGAAGAAGGCUAAACCAAAGCUGACUGCAAGGGAGAAAAAGGAGAGAUCGAUUUCCCUUGAGAAGAUAGUCAUGUCUCUUCCCCUCGAAUUUCGGGGUAGUGAUCCGGGUCUUCGACGUAAUAUGGAAUCUGUGAUAGAAGUCCUGAUGGACAGCGAUGGACGAGGCCUCAAACUCAUUGAGCUCAUCAAGCCUCCCGAUCUCAAUCAGGCACGUGUCAACAAAUGUCUUAUAGCUUUGGUGAAUCGGAAGAUCGUCCAAAAGGACAACAGCACUGGCUCAGUCUUUUAUCAUUGGACCGGGUUAUCAUGAUGUCAUUUGUAUUGGAGAGCACCCCCAGUUCUCGCGCCUCCAAUAAUCUCAGAGUUUUUGCGGUAACUCCACUUGCGCGCAACUUAAAGCAGCCUUCGAUCAUCACUUACUCACUUUGAGGUAAUGCGAGGAGCGUUUCGGACACCAAUAAUGAUACGGCCUGGAGAUCCAUGUCCACGUCCUUGUAGCGACUGGAGUGGCGAAACUACGUCCAGGAAAGUUAAAACAGUCCUGUUACUACGGUUGCAGGGGCUU